UUCUAAUAAAAAUUAUGAUUUUAAUUUUUAGUUAUUACGAGUAAAGCAUAGAUUACAAAAAAAAAAUACAAUUCUUCGAGAUUCAAUACCACCUGAAGAAAGAUUGUCAGUGACAUUAAGAUACUUGGCUACUGGGACAAAUUUUUCGUCUUUACAUUUCGACUUUUUGAUGGGAGUAUCGACCAUAGCCAAAGUAGUUGAUGAAACGUGUAUGGUGGUUUGGGAUGAGUUACAACCCACUGAAAUGGCACCACCCACUCAAGAAAAUUGGUUGGAAAUAGCAGAUGGUUUCUACAAUAUAACUCAAUUUCCUAAUUGCGUUGGAGCUGACGAUGGUAAACACAUCCGGUUGCAAUGUCCAAAAAACAGUGGUACUCAGUAUUACAACUAUAAGAAUUUUUUUUCUUUGGUUUUAAUGGCAAUCUGUGAUUCAAAUUAUUGUUUCACAAUAAUCGAUGUAGGGUCUUUUGGGAAAGAGAGCGAUUGCAAUAUUUUUAAACAGUGCCCUUUUGGAAAAAAAUUAUACGCUGACAAAAUAAAUUUCCCUCAAGAUAAAUGUCUACCUGGUGAUGAAGAUGGUGUUGCUCAGCCAUUUGUUCUUAUAGCAGAUGAAGCAUUUGCGUUGAACAAACAUUUAUUACGACCUUUUCCUGGUAGAACUUUGAUCGAUAACAGGAGAAUAUUUAACUAUCGUCUUUCCAGAGCAAGGCAAAAGAUAGAAUGCACUUUUGGAAUUUUGUCCAACAAAUGGAGAGUUUUCCAUUCUACUCUACUAGUAACACCAGAUGUUGCUGUGUCUAUUACUAAGGCAGCAUGCGUAUUGCAUAAUUUUGUACGUCGUAGGGAUGGUUUUAAUUUUGAGGACAUUGUUAGUUGUGAAAUGCCCGAUAUAUCAGAGAGAAUAUGUGUUGGAAAUGCAUCUUUAAAUGCCAAAGAUAUAAGGGAGUAUUUCGCAAAAUACUUUAACAAUCCAAAACAUGCGCUAAGCUGGCAGAAUAAGGUAUUAGGUUAAACACGUUUAUUUCAUGCAUUCAGUAGGUAGGUAAUAAAGUAAUAUUGCGUCAUAAUUUUAAAUGUUAACGGUCUAUGUUUUUA